AUGGUCAAGACAGUCGUCGUUGUCGGUGGCUCCUAUGGGGGUCUGCAGGUUACCCAUCGGUUGCUCAAGUAUACGCGACAGCAAGUGCCUGACCUGAAGGUCAUUCUUGUUUCGAAGACUAGUCACUUCUUCUGGAACAUCGCCUCUGUCCGCGGUAUCAUCCCAGGACACUUCAAGGAAGAACAGCUCUUCCAGCCCAUCGAACCUGGCUUGGCGCAGUACCCCAAAGACAGCAACGAGUUCGUCCUGGGUACGGCCUCGAACCUGGAUGCAGAUGCUCGUACGCUUGACGUCGACACAUUAACCGGUCCAAGGACCUUGUCCUACGACUUUUUGGUCCUUGCCACCGGCGCCCGCAGUCCCUCCAACGACGUUCCCUGGAAAGACACAGGCAACCACGAGAAAACCCUCGCCACCCUGCGUGCAACGAGCGAACGUGUCCAGUCGGCACGCCAUAUCGUCGUCGUUGGUGCCGGCCCCACGGGUGUAGAAGUCAGCGCCGAGAUCGCCUUCCAUUACGGCAAGGAAAAGGAGGUCAUCCUCGUAUCGGCCGAUCAGCAGGUCCUCGGCGGGGACUCGCUCGCGGCAGCUGCCGAACGGGAACUCGUCAACCUCGGCGUCGUUAUCCGAAAGGGCGUCAAGGCCGAAACCGUCUCGUCGCUACCGAACGGUCGUACUGAGGUCAACUUAUCCGAUGGCGAGAUUCUCGCGACGGACCUGUACCUCUCUACCGUCGGGUUGGUGCCCAACUCGGACUACAUAGAUCCGGGGCUGUUGAACGAGAGAAAGUAUGUUGUCGUGGACGAGUGCCUCCGUGUCCGCGGUUACGAGAACGUCUGGGCCUGCGGUGACCUCGUCUCAGUGCCCAAGGCAUCGUUCCCCAUCACCAACAAGCAGGCAGCGGGUGUUGCGAAGAAUGUCGAGCUCGCGCUCCAAGGCAAGCGGCAACAGGUCGCCAAGGGCAUGCCGUUUGAUGUGCUCCUCUGCACCACGGGCCCCAACCGCGGCGUUGGUCGACUGGGCAUUGUUAGCACACCGUCACUGGCCGUUUGGUUCAUAAAGGGACGUACCUUGGCAACCGAGUCCUUGCCCAAGUUUGUUAGCGGAUCCCAAUGGUAAUGGAAAGGGCUGUCAGGGAAGAAAGGAAAGAAAGAAAAGAAAGAAAAGAAAGAAAACAAGGGAAACUUCUUAGAGCUAAGAAGUCAAGUAUAGCGUUCGUCGAUCAGGCAUGGCAAAUGUGCUUCCAGAAAUGCAUCUCUCCAUUUACCUAC